AUGAUACGUAAUCAGAAUAUAAUGCCGAUAAACAGAUCCAAAAGUAGAUGGAGAAAACGAACCGGUGAAACAAAAAGAGAUGAGAAUCGGUUAGAGAUCUGGAGAAGGAGAAAAGCAGCUGCUUCUACGCCGUCUCCGUCGCUAGACGUUGAUUCUUCGGCAGCGUUUUCCGAUAUUGAGAUAGAGAGAUCAAAUCAGUCUCCUCCGUGGGGGGCGGAUUUGCCGGAUGACGCCGUUUUGUUAAGUCCGUUUACAUACGACGGGGAUUUAGGGAUUUUAUAUUUUACAAAAAAUUUAGAAAGAUAA